UUUGCCUUYAUCACCUGAAGUAAGAACGACAAAGAAACAARAAUUAAUGGUAGAAUAUUAUGGUAGAGCUUUUUAUCCUAAUAACCAGGAAUGCAAGUGGCUGUUUAAAUCAUCCCAGCCUGAUAAACUAAUCAAAGUUGAAGUAAGACUAUUCCAAGAUAGUUUGAUGCAAGGGGAUUACAUAGAAUUUAGAGACGGAAUGGAUGAAAAUGCUACUUUAUUAAAAACGCUCACAAUGAAAACAGAUCGUCGYCAACUAUUUAUACUUAUUGCGUCGAGUGGCCGCUUCYUAUGGGUGCAGUUCAAGUCUGAUGAAGAAUUCACUGGUGCGGGAUUCCAACUUUUGUACAGUUCGGGCAAUAUACCACGAGCAUGCUCACCAUCUGAAAACGUCACGACGGGCAAGUAUGGUAGGAUGAUUACCAAUCCAUUUAUUCAUCCUUACAAUAAACACAUCAAAUGUACCUGGCUGGUGUCUACUAAUCAYGAUAAGCUCAUCGUUUUAAAGCUCAGAAAGUUCGACUUCUCUGRACCAGGACACUAUAUAGAGAUACUAGAUGGAAUGGAUAAAAAUGCUSCAUUACUUCACAACUUCACGAGUAAACCUGACUUUUAUAAUCAAACAUGGCGAUCCAGUGGACCUUUCUUAACGAUAAACUUCGUAUCGAAUGGCUUUCUUCAUGAAGAUUUUACUAUCUAUGUUGAACAUUUAGACAAACCGAUUGGUAGGUAGUACAUACGAUCUCU